AUGAAAAAAUUUGUAUCACUUAUAGUUCUUUCUCAGUUCUUCACCUCUGGUCAAGCAAACGCAGAUGGUCGAGUAUCGGUGCGAUCCUUCGUAUCUGAGGAGUCUCACCAACCUACUAUUCUUGAAAAAAGACAGACGGCAAAUAUGACCUGUUAUAUCAGCACGAAAUAUAAAUCAUCAGCAGGAAAUGCGGCAGAUUGCUUCGCUGCUAUAGAUUACUUGUAUAGUGCUCCAGCUCCUCGACCAGGCUGCGUCAUUUGUCGCACUUGUACAGUCAAGCCUCUCGAUGGCUCUGAAAACCCGGUGGGGGGUAUUAACGGUGGUCUACUUUACAGAAAUGCUCCAAGCAUCGCCCAGGAUUCGAUUAACGCAGCCUAUAACUAUAGGUUCACUCAAACAGUGGUGUCGCCCACCCAACCAGAUUGCGUAAAUUACGUGAUCCCCGCUGGUACUAGCUUGGGCCCACUCCCGCCUGCCGGCACUUUCUGGGCACCUUUUCUUCUUGGAUAUCUAGACGGCCAAGGUGAUAAUCCUCAGGCUUGUAGCGCAGAAUUGGACAAGGAGAUCCAGGCACAUGGGGGUUGA